AUGUCGUUGCGCGACCUGGAAAGGGAGUUGGUAUCGGAGAGGCAUUGGACCCUGCGGGGUGAGGUGACUUCGACGGAGCGGCCGCAGGACUCGAUCCUGGAGGAGGGUGCUUUGGAGUUCCGGACGAGCAGUCGGGUGCACAACGAUGCUGUGCAGGUGGACGAGGAGACCGGGGCGAGAGUGGAGCGAGAUGUGGACAGCAUCAUUCUCAGUAUCAUCAAGAAACGAGUCGGCAUGCGGCUGUACGACGACGUGGACGUCCAGACCAUCGUGACUGAUGAGAACGCGGCAGACGCCGACAAAACCACGCUCAAGGAAGUACUCGACUCGGUCGACAUCAGCAAGCCCACCAAAUCGCUAGCCGAAGAGUACGUCGGAAUGGUCGUAACAGAUACUGGCGCCACCAUCAACGUCCAGGAAGCUGAGAAGAAAGCACAACAACUCUGGAACGCGCUCUCCCAUAAACUCGACCAAUACUGCAUAGGCUGA